AUGAGUUGUAUACAAGCUUUCGUUAUCUCAUUCGCAGUAUGCGCAUUUGUGUCGCGCGUUCGUGCAUCACCACAGUGCGCGAACGUGCCCCAACACUUCAAAGCCCAAGUCCAACUGCCACUUCAAUUACAGCUGUGUCUAAACACGAAAGGCGACCCACGACUAUUGCAGGAUGUGCAAUCACUUCAACACCCACUAUGGUCACACAAACCCCCUUGUGCCCGAGGGAAGGACAAGGAGUAUUGUACAUACACGACUUUCGAGUCGCGUGGCGGUCAUGCUUUGAGCAUUAUCGCGACAUCCGUCGCGGCAGACGCGAUAUCCGCAGCCUUUCUAGCCUUGGGAAGCGAAGAUGAGAGCGGAAAUAGCAGCCUCGAAGUUCGCUCCUUCCCAGGCAAGGGCAAAGGUCUUGUCACUACAAAAGCUGUCAAGAAAGGAGAGAGGUUACUACUUGAUUCCGCACAUAUCAUUGCAAGCUCGCAUUUCCCGACGCAGGUCACUCGUUCGCAAGGCAAAGCCCUCUUCAGUGCCGCAAUCGAUCAGUUGCCUCGGGUGGACCGCGACUUAGUGCUCACACUAGACCAAAGUUUGGGGGGUAGCAGGGUUGAGGAUAUCAUGAAGACCAACGCCUUUGCGUGUCAACUGGCCGAUGGCGAUGUGGACGACGCUUACAUGUGUCUCUUCCCAUCUGUCGCUCGAAUCAAUCAUGCAUGCCAACCCAACGCACAUGCGCGCUUUGUUCCGAAGACUAUGUCAAUGGAGAUCAAGGCCCAACGGGACAUCGCCGCUGGAGAGGAAAUCGGCAUCUCGUACGGCCGUGUCGACUUGAAGCACGCGGAUAGACAGGCACUGUACCAGGAAGGUUGGAACUUCGGGUGCACAUGCCCGCUUUGCACUGCUUCACAGUACGAAAUAAUUGGCAGUGACCAGCGCCGCGCUAGGUUCGCCCAACUAAGAAAGAUGCUGGAGAACUUGACAGCGGAAACUUACGACGCCCAACAAAUUGUAGCGUGGGAGAAAGAAGUAAUGGAGAUCGGUCAAAGGGAGGGCUUGGAGACUUUGCUGGCCCAAGACUAUGAGAGGCUGGCGUACGUGUACGCGGGUCAUGGGAUGGUGAAGGACGCAAGACGUUGGGCCAAGAUGGCCAAGGAGAGUUUAUUGGAAUGGGUGAUCGUUGAUGGUGGGCCGGACAAUCAGGUUAGGAGGAUAGAGGAGUUACUCAGAGAGCUGGAUGGCUAA